AUGAAUGAUCCAAAGAGACGAGCUUGGGUCGAUUCGCCCGGAUGGACCAAGAGCUCAUACGGAAACACACAUCGGACGAACUCGCCAGAGAAGAGACCCAACCUCGCACGAGUAUGCCUUUAUCUGGAAACCAGCCUCCGAAGCUUUGUCAUCCUGGUGUUUUCUUUCCAUCCUGUCCGCCUCAUACUCGAGAGUCGAAGCUUUCUUCUUCGGUCGGUUGACAAGGGACCAACAAGCAACCACCAAUCAAUAAUCAAGCUCCCUCUCACCUGUUUCCCGGAAACACCCUUGGGUCUCGCACGUCACUCGAAAGAUCAACAGGACUCUGUACCACACAUCACGGAGAUACAAGUCCAUAUUCAGCAACUUCUCGGCCAACCUGUCACACACUUGCAUAUGUAUUGUACGGAGAUAAACUUCGGACUUAUGGCCCUCUCGUCGAGAUCUUGCACCAAGCACUACCGACGGGAGUACGAGUUGACAGCAUUGUAUCUCGACCCUGUCGACACUCGAUUCUUAACGAUCCUGUCCCUGUACGAUGAACAAUACGCGACAAGGUUAGUCUGGGUGGCUUCGUCGACACUACUAAACCCUCGACCUGACCCAACCUUUUGGGGAAAAAACAAGACAAGAAGCUAG